AUGGCAAGAUUGGUGGCAUUUUUCGCUAUUUGUUUGCUCUCUACAUCAAUUGCUUCUGCCAGCAAUCCUUUACUUGUCGAGGGAAAAGUUUACUGUGAUACUUGCCGCUGCGGUUUUGAGACCCCUGCCACCACGUACCUCCCCGACGCAAAGGUUAAAAUUGAGUGCAAGAGCAGGAUCACGGAAGAACCCACCUACACUGUUGAAGGUGUGACUAACUCUCAAGGAGAAUACAGUAUCUUGGUUAAAAGUGACCGUGGUGACGAUGUGUGCGAUGUCGUCCUGAUUAAGAGCCCCGAUCCCACCUGUGCCAAGCCCAGCGCCGGUCGUGAUCGUUCCCGUGUCACUCUCACCCGCAACAAUGGCAUGAUUUCCGACGUCUAUUUUGCCAACGCGAUGGGUUUCAUCCGUGAUGAGCCUCUUGCUAGCUGCGAUGAGAUCCUUCGUCAAUACCAAGUGCCGGAUGAACAAGUUUAA